AUUCAAGGAAACAAGACACAACUGCGAUACAGAAAACUUCAGCUUGCUGUUUGGAAGUCAGCUCCCUAAGGUUCAGGCACGAUGAGCAGCAUUAUUCCCAGGAGCAAAGCAAAAGGCACUGACAUCUGUGCAAUUAACAAAUACUAUUAUAUAAUCCGCUCUGACCUCGGCUGCUAUAUGCAGACAAGUGAUUUAAAUAAAGGUGCAGAUAUCUCUGUUUUCAGUCUGCACCCUGCCUGCCAAAAUGGAGACCAUUACAUUGGUGGAGAUAGCUACUUUAACAUCAUCAAUGGCAAUUCCUGCCGCAGAGUCACAAACCUGACGACAGACAGCGAUGCUGUAGUUUACAGCCUUCAUCCCAAAUGCCAGGGUGGAGACCAGUACUUCGCAGCCCAUGGCUAUUUUUACAUCAUCUUCCAAGGAAAAGGCACUUACCGAAGAACAACAAACAUGACUAAAGACUCGGAUGCUGAAGAACUCAAGCUGCAUCCCAACCACAGAGACGGUCUGUAUUACUGGGGCCCACCAUCCUCCAAGCAAACUGGCUUCUCCUUCCUCAAGCCUGCCUCAGAGUGGGGUGUUGAGUUCUACCACGGUCCUGAUCUCGGCACAGACGAGCGCACUGCUGUUUAUUCUGUUCAUCCUGAUGUUCUUAACUUCCUUCCUGGUGGGCUGUCUGUAACUAAAGGCCCAGCCAUUGGCAUGUGGGAGAAUAUUAAAACGAUAACUAAUGACAGCACUACACCAGUGACAUGGCAAAAGAAGAUCACUAAAAAGGUUGGAUACAAUAAGGAGAAGAUGGCCCAGAUCACUCACAACUGGAAGAUAGAAACAUCAGCCUCGAUUGAAUCUGCAGAGCUUGCAAAGUUAAUUGCAAAGUUGCAGUUCUCCUUUUCUGCAGAAUAUGGAGGUUCACGUGUCAGCACUGAAAACGAAAGCUGGAAAGAAGCAACUGAAGAGGAAGAGCAACUCACAUUUGGGCUGAAGCCAAAUGAGCGUUUAUAUCUGUGGCAGCACAAACUGUGUCUUGGACAAGAACCAGUGUUGUUCUGCUGUGAUUUAAAGAUUACCAAUGAGCCAAACCCUCCAACUUCACCCGCACAACCAUGAAUAUCAACAUUUCAGGAUCGCUGAACUCCAAGGAUAACCAAGUGCUUUUCAGUUAAAUACAUUAACUAUACAUUCUCAAGCAAUUAUAUAGAUAUCUGCAUGUACUGGUUAAAAUGAGUCUGGAAUCAUUUAAUAUAGCAAAGAGAUUUUUCAGUUACAGAUGAUGUAACUACAAUUACUGAAACUUUGUGUUUAUGAUUAAAAGAAUCUGACAAUGCUACUUUAAAUCUCACGGAAAUUAAAUAACGAAACAAGAGCAUACCACUC